ACCAUCGUAGCCGCCGUUCACUAUGAUAACGAGCUGGCCUCGAAAAUCUCACGACCAUGGCAAUCCAGGCCAGGGCUCGCCGUUGACGACGGUCGGGGAAUCCCGCAGCAAUGACAGCGAGGGUAAUAACCGAGGCUCCUCGCCGGACCCAACGCGUCGACGGUCAUCGAGUGAUUCCGCAACACCAACGCAGACGCCAGUACCGCCGAGUCUGCGCAUUUUAUCAUCAUCUGGAGGUCAGCCGGAAUCAGGCCGGAGCCAUCUUUUCUCGCUGUCGGACGCGCCGAGCUCGGUAUCCUCGUCGUCGCGGAAGCUUGGUUUGUUCACAGAUAAACUGUCGCAUUUGGCUGGGCAUCAUCACCACGGACAUGGUUCUGGUCAUUCGGUGAUGCCGAAGCCUAGUUCCCUGAAUCCAGCCCUUCUACUACACCCUCACGGUCGAAAUCCCGAACCAGUGGGGUCUCCGACUUCACCUACCUUUCCUCCGUCACCCACGAUGUCGAAUCCGAACAAGGUUCAUACAUCGCCUUCAAAGGCUUCCUACGGGCGCACUUACGACUCUAAACUUGUUACUCGCGAAAUGCAUCGUCUAGGAAAUCUUGCUCACCUUCCCUCCGGUAUACCUACUCUCUCGCAGGCACCUUCCGUCAGCUCUCUCGCUCUACCAGCACCGGGUGCAAUGUCACAGGCCAACAUGGCCUCUACAUCAGGCUCAGAUCCGUGGGGUACAUUACAUGUGCAUAUUCUGCCACUCUUUAACGGUGAACCAUUGAGGAUACCUAUAGAGAAUCUGAAUAUGCUCGUGAAAGCUCACAUAGCGACGGCUGCAUCGUCACCUUCGAAGGCGCUUGCCACACUGGAAUACGACACUUCAGAGCUUAUUGGAUCCGGAAUGCGAACACUAAACGCGAAACUGGCUGAGAAAGAAGACGAUAAACUCGUCGGACGCAUUGUCGAAAUAUGGGGAUUCUUCUGGGACCAGGUCUUGCCCUACGUCGAAGGGGCAUUGCUCCCUCUGCAGACAGACCCUCUUCUCUCUUCACUCUAUCGCACCCCCAAGCGUCCGUCGUCACCAAGUCGUCAGAAUAAUAAAGGCUCAAUGUCAACAUCUCUUGGCACCUCUUUGCAACUCUCUACGCAGCACAUAGACGUCCGCACCGUCGCUCUUCGAUCGUUUCGUGAUAAGGUCAUCCUGCCACUAGCUCCGCGGCUCAAAGCACGGCUUUCUAUGGCAAAUAGGCAGGAUAAUUUUCAAGAAACCGCCGGAUAUCAACAACCUCGACUACAGCAAAUGCUGCUCGUGCUUACAUCGCAGAGCCGGUAUCGAACGCCCACGUUCUCCCUUACAGCGCAACCUCCCCAACCGUCCACUGGAGAAGCUGCAGUAUUAGAACUCCUCAGGAUUCUUCGCUCCCCAAGCCCUCAGUUUGAUGGCCGCCAAACCGUGAAGGCUUCUACCGGUCGAGCUAGAGCGCCUAGUUUCCUAUCUGGUGGUCUCCCGCGUGAUCGGCGAGGCCGGAUAGCUCAGAAGCAAAGAGGUGCAAGCGCCCCCAACUUAGUCAGCAACAUGCUUAUGGCUGGAGACGAUGGCGAUCCUUAUGGAGGCGAAACACUUCGAGUAGGAACCGGAGGGACGUUGGUUGAUACUGAGCGGGAAAGGGAACGAGAGAAGGAACGAGAAUUCCUGGAAGCGUUAAGAAGCCCAGAUCCUGAGAGCAGUAAUCCAAGAGCAAGCGUUGGAGGAUGGGGACUUGGUAUGGGACAUGAAGAUAGUGGAAAGAUUGAAGAGGAGGAGGACGAGCCGUUGGACUGGGACCAGGCGCAGGCUGUUGUGGAACGUAUGGUUGGUAUGAAUUCGUCAGCGCCAGAAUCGACUGCAAAGAAACGAGGGACAUGAGCAGAAACGAAGUAAUUCCUUGAAUUUAUAUGUAAUAGUAUUGUCAUGAUCGGCGUGUUCAGUUGUACAAUAUAUCAUCCAUGAUUUCCAGAUCCUCC